GGAAGCCGCCGACCUCGAGGCCUGGAUUUACCUCACAAAAGAGUACUUCAUUGUAAGGAAAAUGAGUCAUUCUCUGAAGACAUCAGUUACUGGUGUUCCAAAAUCAGAUAAUCCGCGCUUGAAAAAAGGUGACAAAGUAUAUUUGUCAAAUACUGUAAAGACAAAGGGAGAACAACAAAAUAAAGAGAUUUCAGCCCACAGGAUACAGAGAGCUUGGUUAUCUCAUCUGGACAAAACAGUGUUUCAACUCCUUAAGUACACAGUUUGUGCGGCGGAAUAUCACGUGACACAUGAAAUUCUGAAGAAAGUAAGCCCCUUAGAGGCUGAGCUUGUUAAAGAUCCUUGCAUGAAGUGUAAAGUUAGAUUCAGAUUUAGCGGUGAAACAUUUCCACCUUUGAUCGUGUUUAAAAUUUUCCUUCAUACUGAAGGCCAUGGUUACAAGUAUUUCAGCGGAAAAAAUUUAUUAAAGCCAUCAAGUGAGGCGGUGGUUGAUGCUUGCAAAAUGAUGGGGGAAAAGAAAUUUUAUCAUCAAAUUAUGGAAGAUGAACAUCUUUUCCAGAAGUUCAAAAUAACUGAUAAAAUAGAUAUUGUCACUCUGAAAGAUUAUGUGCAAGAGCUGCAAAUGGACUCAUCAGGUACAAAGCAAAAACAGACAAUCGUUUUAUCCACCCCCUCUUUUGACAUUGUGAAAGUUAAUGAACUCGUGUCAAAUGAUGAAUUGGAAAAAGAGGAAAAGGAAUUAUUUGCCUGGUGUCAAGACUUGUGUAUUAAUAGUUCUCCAUCAUGUUAAUGCACAGCUAAUUGACAGAAAAUCAAGUUAUUCAACAA